UUACUCACACAGGUAUUAAGUAAUUUGAAGAUAGUAUCGACAGCAGUAUUAUAUAGAAUUAUUAUCAAAAGAAGUUUAUCUGUUAGCCAAUGGAUUUCUGUUGGAAUUCUUACAUUUGCUGGCUUUUGUAACAGUUAUGGAGGGCUACAGGAAAGAGGGGAGACAAAGACUGCUGGAGAAAUCCAUGUGACUACAUUGGGGCUAGUAAUGGUGCUAGUCUACUGUACAUUGUCGGGGUUGGCAGGAGUUGUCACCGAAUAUAUCCUCAAAAAAAACAUUGUGAUGUCAAUACAUUAUCAAAACAUUUUGCUGUAUAUGUAUGGGAUUGUCAUCAAUUUCUGUAGCUGGAUCUUAACAGAGGCAAACCUUCCUGACUCAGAAAACCAGUUUCAUGUCUUCAGAGGAUAUAGCGUGUUUACCUGGAUAAUUGUUAUAACACAGGUCACCAAUGGUCUCAUCAUGUCUGUGAUAAUGAAGCAUGCCAGUAACAUUACACGCCUGUUCGUCGUGUCAUGUGCCAUGUUGGUGGCCACAGGACUGUCAGUAUUAGUUUUUCAUACCAAGAUCAAUUCUUUUUUCAUGUUAUCAUUAACACUUGUCCUUCUUGCUAUGUGUUUGUAUCAUAUUGAUAGUAAAUCCCGAAAGUUAUUAAUCAACAACUUAAGAUGUCUUCCAAAAUAUUGUAAGUUUGAGACCUGAAUGCUUGUAGUUACUUUCACAUUCAAUCCAAAUUACGUUACAAAUAAUGCCAAGGAAUUCAGCAUUACCUACAUGUAAUGAUGUGUAAUAAAAUGAAAUUGCUGUUUAUUUAUAGAUACUUAUACAAUGUAUUUUUUUAUGAUUGAUGUUGUUUAAAUAUAGGUUGAAACAUUCAGACAUUUGAUAUCUAUUUAAUUUCAAAUUGUGUUUAAUGUUUGAAGAAAAGACCCUGCUUGGCUCUUAUUUUAAUUCUGACCCACCUUUUUAGAGGAGGACCCUGUAUAAUUUCUCUGAUUUGAACCAUAAAUUACAAACAAAUUUUCUUAUUAUUCACAGUUCAAAACUAAGAUUUGUUUACUCCAUUGAUAGGAGAUAAUUCUUUUGUAUUAGGUUCUCGGACCAAUGGAUGUAUGUUUCAGUUGAGUCUUUUAUCUUCAACAUGUGGUCUCUCCCUUCACAAAAUUACCAAAAUAUGGGUCUGUCUGUCUUCUGUCAAUUUUUCCUAUAAAUCACUACCAGUCCUGAAGAACUGAGUGGAUUUUGGUCAGAUUUGGUCUGAAGUAUCCUUGGUGGAAGGAGGUCCAAUUUUGUGUAAAUGGUGGACGGGGAAACUUUCCUCAGGGGAAAGAAUUGGCUAGUCUACCAGCUCAAUGGUGGGGAAACUUUUGACUAGCCAAUUCUUUCCCCCCUAUCUAUCUGGCCCGUUUAUGUCUUAAUUCAAUAUUUUUUAUAAAAAAUUCAUUUUCUGAUGUUAAAAUGAAUUAUCUGAUAUUUAAGCAUUUAUUGUAUGGACCAUUUCGUGUCAAAUAUAGUUUUGGUACUGUAAAUUUCAUGGAUUUAAAAAAUGGACCAUUUUGAGUGGACUUUAAUUCGAGGAUUUGGUAUUUUGUUGCAAUGAUGGUGAGGUAGCUUACAUAAUAUUUCGUUGUAGUCUUAAUUUUUUGUUGCUUUGCCAAUCCACACAAUCCAUGAAAAUUGGUCCCCCACCACCAAUUUUGAUUUUUCAUAUCAAAUAAUCAAUGUUCUGAUAUCAGAAAAGUUUCCCCACAGCCCUAGCUGAUAAGGGGGAAAGAGUUGGUUAGCCAAAAGUUUCCCCACUACCGUAGCUGAUGGAGAGAGAAUUGGCUAGCCAAAUGUUUCCCCAUCUCCAAAGCUGAAAUGGGGAAAGAAUAGGCUAGCCAAAAGUUUCCCUACUUCCAUAGCUGAUAAUGGGGGAAGAAUGGGCUAGCUGAUUGUUUCGUGAAGAAAUUGGCUAGCUGAUUGUUUCCCCCGGUGAAGAAAUUGGCUAGCUGAUUGUUUCCCCUGGUGAAGAAAUUGGCUAGCCAAUUAUUUCCCCGGGGAAACUUUAACAGAGGGAAAGAAUUGACUCCUACACCAGGACAAGCUGCUGCUAUGUUUAGUUUAAAAUAUUUUUUUUUCUCGAACAAGUACCUAGAGUGGUAUCAUGUUUCCUCUUAUAAAUGACCCUUACCUGUUUUCAAGGCCACAACAGCUAAACAUUAAUAUGUAAAUAUCAUUGUCAAGUUCUUAAAGAUACAGAGUACUCAUAUUUAGCUAGUAGGUUCCUGGUUUGUGGACUUAAAUGAAUUUUACUCUUAUCAAUGACGUUUAUUUUCAAAGUCACAGGUAUUAGAUAUGUUAAAAACUUCAAUGAUCUUCUUUUCAAGUCCCAGAAAUCCCAUAUGUGAAAUAUUUUGCGAGCAGGUAACAAGUAUUGAAUGCUAUAAAAGAUUAUGCGUACAAAUGACCUUGGCCUAUUAUCAAGGUCAACAUGAGAAAUAUGAAAUAUGUGACCUAUUAUGUACACUGUGUAUAGCACACAGAAUCAACAUGCUUCACAUCAUGCUUCACAUUGCUACAUCAUAUGGGUUUCACAUUGGGUAUGUUUAGAAAAAAAAAAACACCAACAGGGGGUAAUUUUUGGUAUUUCAAUUCCAUUAACUGACUUGGACAAUGCACCUAUGCAAACCUCUUCAUUAAGAUUAACCAAUGCAACAGAGAAUCACAUCAGUCUCUGAAAUAUUGUAUACCAUUUCCUAAAACAUCACUAAUAUUCAGUCAACAUGAAAAUUGGAAACAGAACUUUUGCUCUGAAUCCUAACUUAGGCCAUGUGAGCAGUUCAAGUCCUCUUUUUUGAGUUUCUUGUUAUUUUUCUAAAUAAAACCCCUAAUGGAUAAACUGAUAAAAAAAAAUCCAUGUAGAAUAUUAUAUAUAUUACAGAAACGAUGUAUUUAUCAUCUUUUUAUAAAAACAAUUUUGAAUGAUUCAACAUUAUUCCUAACCAUUUUUCAAAUAUAAACCACAAUAACUAUCACAUUUGGUUUGUUUCAGUCGCCCAUCUUGUGCACAUAUGUCUGCACGAUACAUUUGUGUAAUAUUGUGCGAUCCCACAACUGCAUUAUAUACUGAUGAUUGAAUGUUAUACUGCAUCUUACAGUUGUUACCUCCUCCUAGGUUUCGCCAGUAAAGCAAAGGGCAAAAGCUCAAGAAUCAAGAUGAGAAUAUAUGAAAGUCAAUUUGUCCUUAGUAUGUUUUAAAAGGGGAAGAAUAGCUGUCGCUGCUUAUGUUUGUGCUGUUUAGAUAUUGAUUAUCAUAAUUUUAUAUUCUCAUUUUUAUGGCCUCCGGCAUCUGUCCGUCUGUCAACAAUACCUUGUGAAUGAGUAGAUAUCAACCAAAUUUAAUUAAACUUUAAAUGCAUAAAUAAACAAGAUCUUGGGCAGGUUCGAACAUGGAAAUUAUUUGAGUUAUUUCCCUUUGUGAUAAUAUUGAUAAUAAAUUUAAAGUUUUUCAUAUGAGGACAAUAAAACAUCCAUACAUAUCUAUAUAAAUAAUUGAUAGUUUAAGUCCUAAGAAUAUUCAGUAGUUUCCAGAAAUGCGAAAAAUUUAGAUACAUGUUAAAUCAACACAUAUACAUGCAUAUGAUAUAUUUUUUUUAAUUUAAUUUAAUUGAACAUUUCCGUUUUACCUCCGAUUAGUUUCUUUAAUUUUGUAAGUCACAAGUUUUAAACAAAUUAACCAUUGAUAAUUACUUUCAAAUUUCCUGAAAAUAAAAACUACAAGUAAAUUGAUGUUGUAAUAUAAGUGUUUACAUUACUGUACUACUGCUCUUUCGUUUUUGAUUCAAUACAUUAAAUCUUCAAAAAAACAUGUGGAGCAAACCAGGUGAUGUUAUAAUACUUGUUUGUAAUACAUUGUAUUAAUGUCUGGCUCCCUUGAGACAGGAGGGGGUGGGUCCAGUGUAUAAAUGUCUGGCUCCCUUGAGACAGGAGGGGGUGGGUACAGUGUAUUAAUGUCUGGCUCCCUUGAGACAGGAGGGGGUGGGUACAGUGUAUUAAUGUCUGGCUCCCUUGAGACAGGAGGGGGUGGGUCCAGUGUAUAAAUAUCUGGCUCCCUUGAGACAGGAGGGGUUGGGUCCAGUGUUUUAAUGUCUGGCUCCCUUGAGACAGGAGGGGGUGGGUCCAGUGUAUUAAUGUCUGGCUCCCUUGAGACAGGAGGGGGUGGGUCCAGUGUAUAAAUAUCUGGCUCCCUUGAGACAGGAGGGGUUGGGUCCAGUGUAUUAAUGUCUGGCUCCCUUGAGACAGGAGGGGGUGGGUCCAGUGUAUAAAUGUCUGGCUCCCUUGAGACAGGAGGGGUUGGGUCCAGUGUAUUAAUGUCUGGCUCCCUUGAGACAGGAGGAGUGGGUCCAGUGUAUAAAUGUCUGGCUCCCUUGAGACAGGAGGGGGUGAGUCCAGUGUAAUAAUGUCUGGCUCCCUUGAGACAGGAGGGGGUGGGUCCAGUGUAUAAAUGUCUUGCUCCCUUAAGACAGGAGGGGGUGGGUCCAGUGUAUAAAUGUCUGGCUCCCUUGAGACAGGAGGGGGUCGGUCCAGUGUAUAAAUGUCUGGCUCCCUUGAGACAGGAGGGGGUCGGUCCAGUGUAUAAAUGUCUGGCUCCCUUGAGACAGGAGGGGGUGGGUACAGUGUAUAAAUGUCUGGCUCCCUUUAGACAGGAGGGGGUGGGUCCAGUGUAUAAAUGUCUGGCUCCCUUGAGACAGGAGGGGGUGGGUCCAGUGUAUAAAUGUAUGGCUCCCUUGAGACAGGAGGGGGUGGGUCCAGUGUAUAAAUGUCUGGCUCCCUUGAGACAGGAGGGGAUGGGUCCAGUGUAUAAAUGUCUGGCUCCCCUGAGACAUGAGGGGGUUGGUCCAGUGUAUUAAUGUCUGGCUCCCUUGAGACAGGAGGGGGUGGGUCCAGUGUAUAAAUGUCUGGCCCCCUUGAGACAGGAGGGGGUGGGUCCAGUGUAUAAAUGUCUGGCUCCCUUGAGACAGGAGGGGAUGGGUCCAGUGUAUAAAUGUAUGGCUGCCUUGAGACAGGAGGGGGUGGGUCCAGUGUAUUAAUGUCUGGCUCCCUUGAGACAGGAGGGGAUGGGUCCAGUGUAUAAAUGUAUGGCUCCCUUGAGACAGGAGGGGAUGGGUCCAGUGUAUUAAUGUCUGGCUCCCCUGAGACAGGAUGGGAUGGGUCCAGUGUAUAAAUGUCUGGUUCCCUUGAGACAGGAGGGGGUGGGUCCAGUGUAUGAAUGUCUGGCUCCCUUGAGACAGGAGGGGAUGGGUCCAGUGUAUAAAUGUAUGGCUGCCUUGAGACAGGAGGGGGUGGGUCCAGUGUAUUAAUGUCUGGCUCCCUUGAGACAGGAGGGGGUGGGUCCAGUGUAUAAAUGUCUUGCUCCCUUGAGACAGGAGGGGGUGGGUCCAGUGUAUAAAUAUCUGGCUCCCUGAGACAGGAAGGGGUGGGUCCAGUAGAGGUAAUCCUUAAAAUUGCUACUAGCGCUAAUAACGAGAGUAUUUUGUCAUGAUUAUUGAAAUAUCAGCUGAACGCUGUUGGCCCUAUGGGCCUCUUGUUAGAUGUGCAUUUGAAAAUACUUUUAUACAUAUUUUAAAAGUCAUAUCAUUUUAUAUUCAGUUUUGAUAAAAGUUGAUGUGUUACUUAAUAUAUUUUAUCCUGUGUCAUUUACGUUGAAGAACAUCCCUGACAGACCAUCUUACUCACAUGCAUAUGAAAUUAUGAAUUAUGAAAAUUUGAAGAACUGAAUCGAGGCAAAAUCAGCACGUUUUAUAUUGUGCAACGUCAAAUGGUUUUUCCCUCUUCUCCGCAUUGUCAGAACAUUGUUAGAACGUUUCUAAAUGUACAUGAAUCCCCUGUGUAUUGAUACUGACCUGAGGAUGAUGAUGGUUUAUCUAUAUACGUCUUUGUUUUUGUAUGAAUGAUUUUAUGAUCAAUAUUAUGCUACUGAUAUCAAGAUAUUAAGAGGAACAUUUUAAGCAAGCUUGGUUAAACUUAAGGCUUGGCAUGUUGUCACAGUUCACAUUUUAAUUCUUUAGGAUGGUUGUGUAAGAAUAUAUUGUUACAUUUGUAUUUUUUUAUUUAUUUUUUUUAAUCGAUGACAUGUUUUAUUUUGAUAUAAUUUUCACAUGAACAUUUUUAAUAGACUUUUUUUUACAAGAUACAUUUACUUUCAAAUAUACCUGUUUAAUUAUUAUUGUAUAUCAUACAUGAAAAUCAUGCUCUUUCUUUCAACCUUGUUGCGUCUUCCAGUAAGCGUCUAUGAAUGUAUUACUAGAUUAUAUAUGUUUGUUACCCUGCCAAGAUCAUCCAAACCAUUGUAGCUGUUUAUAGUACGUGUCAGUAUCCCAGAUUAAACAUGUACUAUAAUAUGUGUCAGUAUUCCAGAUUAAACAUGUACUAUAAUAUGUUUAUAGUAUGUGUCAGUAUCCCAGAUGAAACAUGUACUAUAAUAUGUUGUACUUGGUAUUGAGAUGUGUAUGCACUGUAGCUCAAUUAAUAAAAUGUAUGGGGACGCCUCCAUAAACAUUACUGA